UUUUACUAUUUCAGUGGAUUUAUAAGCUUGUGGAACUCCUUAUAUUGACAUGGUUUGCACCUUCUUUUUACAGAAUCUGGUGGCUCGUUCAAAUUGUCACAUGGCAAAUGUGGUCAACCAUCACCUACCCUGCUGUGGCUUUGUUGACCAAACCUGGGCAGCAAACCUUGUUGGGUUGAAGGUUGUUUUCCCUACCAACAUUGCUCGGGUUCUGUGAGGUGUUUCUCCUUCAAGCCAUGCUGAUUGGGUUGGAUAACAGUUCAAGUAAUGCCUUGGUGGGAGGUUAUGCAACUUGUGCCUGGCACCUGCUGUGGCUUAAACUACCAUGGCUUGUUUAGCCUGCAAUGAUUGUGCAAACUAAGCCAUUGUGUCCUAUGUCCGUUGUCAUAAAAUAACAGACGAGGCUAAUUUGAAAAGGAUAUGCUGAUGACACAGCAGUAUAUCAUUUUGAAGCAUUAAGAUUUUCAAUUGGAAAACUCUAUUCUUAACUACUGCUCCCACAAUACCUAGCUGUCAUUAUGGGCUGAAAUGGAAGCUUCCUUAUAUCUGCAGGAGUGACAUGUGGGUGAAAUUCCACUCAUACAAAUUCUGGAUGUAUUAUUAUAUCUAUUAAACAUUUAUUUAUUAAAUCCUGUAUUUUAGAUUGCCUAAUUACUUUCUUUAGGUUUUCUAUACCUAUUUUCUAUACUUUUGUUUUCUAGAAAGGAUUAAAUACUUGUAUUAACAAUAUGACAACCAUUUAAAAAUAAUUCAGUUUGCUUGUACUAGUGCUUUAGUGUUUACGAUUAGAGGAAUGUUUUGUCUAUUAUCAGGAAAGUCUCUAACUGAAGAACUACUCUCCAAUGUUAAACAUUUCCAAUGAUCAGGACUGAUAAGUGACAUAACCCUUAAAUCAAAUGACAAAUUACAUAUGAACUACCUUAGUAAUGAAGGCUGAGGAGGUUUCUGAUUUUAAUAGCAAAUGCAGAGUGCAGAGCACUUUCAUUGUCUGUAGCUUCUUUUCUGAACCUGUUUUUCUCAGCUGGGUGACCUUGAAUGGACAAAAAGAACCUACGAAAGGGUAAGCAGCAGGUAGACAAUGUUAUUAGCCCAGAUAAAUCGAGACUCUCAGGGAAUGACAGAGUUUUCCGGAGGGGGGAUGGAGGCUCAACAUGUAACUCUCUGCUUAACAGAAGCUGUAGCUGUGCAAGAUGGGGACAACUUGGACAACAUGGAAGGAGUAAGCUUACAAGCAGUUACACUUUCUGAUGGUUCCACUGCUUACAUACAACAUAAUUCUAAAGAUGGCAAAUUAAUGGAUGGGCAGGUGAUUCAGCUAGAAGAUGGCUCAGCUGCCUAUGUCCAACAUGUUCCCAUGUCUAAAAGUAGAGAUAGUCUUCGUUUAGAAGAUGGGCAGGCAGUUCAGCUUGAAGAUGGAACCACAGCUUUCAUUCAUCACACAUCAAAAGACAGUUACGACCAGAGUGCCCUACAAGCAGUACAGCUGGAAGAUGGAACCACUGCUUAUAUUCACCAUACUGUGCAGGUGCCACAAUCAGAUACCAUCUUAGCUAUUCAGGCUGAUGGUACAGUGGCAGGUCUUCAUACAGGAGAUGCUACCAUAGAUCCAGAUACUAUCUCUGCUUUGGAACAAUAUGCAGCCAAGGUAGGUUUUGGACUAAAAAUUGACAAGUCACCAGAGCUCUCUUCUACUUCCAUCAUCCCACAGGGCAACCAAGACAAAAAAAUCAGAACUGACCAAAUUGUUUUGCAAAGCCAUAGCACAAGAGUGACAACUAAGUCACAGGCAAGUGGAGAUAAGGCUUUUCGGUGUGACUAUGAUGGCUGUGGAAAACUGUAUACCACUGCUCAUCAUCUCAAGGUACAUGAAAGGUCUCACACAGGAGAUCGACCAUAUCAGUGUGACCAUCCAGGAUGUGGGAAAGCAUUUGCAACAGGUUAUGGGCUAAAAAGCCAUGUCCGAACCCACACUGGAGAGAAGCCAUAUCGGUGUUCAGAAGAGAACUGCACAAAGUCCUUCAAGACUUCAGGGGACCUACAGAAACACAUCAGAACGCACACGGGUGAAAGACCUUUUAAAUGCCCCUUUGAGGGGUGUGGUAGGUCAUUUACAACUUCCAACAUCAGAAAGGUUCAUAUCAGGACACAUACAGGAGAAAGACCCUAUUAUUGUACAGAGCCAGGAUGUGGGAGAGCAUUUGCCAGUGCAACUAAUUACAAGAAUCAUGUGAGAAUACAUACAGGGGAAAAGCCUUAUGUAUGUACAGUCCCUGGCUGUGAUAAACGGUUUACAGAAUAUUCCAGUUUAUAUAAACACCAUGUUGUACAUACACAUUCCAAACCUUACAACUGUAAUCACUGUGGGAAAACAUACAAACAGAUUUCUACACUUGCAAUGCACAAGCGGACAGCACACAAUGACACAGAGCCAAUAGAGGAGGAGCAGGAAGCAUUUUUUGAACCACCUCCAGGUCAAGGUGAAGAUGUUCUCAAAGGUUCCCAGAUAACUUAUGUAACAGGUGUAGAAGGAGAUGAUGUCGUUUCUGCACAGGUUGCUACAGUGACUCAGACAGGACUAGGUCAGCAAGUAGCACUCAUUUCCCAAGAUGGAACUCAGCAUGUUAACAUAUCUCAGGCUGACAUGCAGGCCAUUGGAAAUACUAUCACUAUGGUAACACAAGAUGGCACCACAAUCACAGUCCCUGCCCAUGAUGCAGUUAUUUCUUCUGCAGGAACACAUUCUGUUGCAAUGGUCACAGCAGAGGGCACUGAAGGACAGCAGGUUGCCAUUGUUGCUCAAGAUUUAGCAGCAUUCCAUAGUGCUUCACCAGAAAUUGGACAUCAGCAACAUGGACAUCACUUAGUUACUUCAGAAUCUAGACCUGUUACAUUGCUGGCAACAUCCAAUGGAACACAAAUUGCAGUACAGCUCGGAGAACAACAGUCUUUGGAAGAAGCCAUUAGAAUAGCAUCCAGAAUACAACAAGGUGAAACACCAGGAAUUGAUGAUUAACUCCAAAUGUAGCUAAAAGAACAAUAGAAUUACAUUUUAUUUUCAAUCAGCAAAAAUCCAUGCCGCCUGAAAUCCAUAAAAAGUUUGAUGUGUUCUUACUCACAAAUGCUCUGCACAGAUUGUAUGCAAGAGUGAAGAACGUUUUCUAUGUAUAAUGGUUAUGUACAAUGAACUUUGAAAAUAGAUCAAUUCUACCUACCCAGGACAAUUCAUUCCCUACCCAGGACUAUGGAAUUAGGAUUUUAUACUAAAUUUUCUUGCUUAUAAUUAUAUCAGCUUCCAAACCAGACUACAGACAAGCAACAGAUGCUAUAGAAAUACCGGGAUGAGUUUUCAAAUUAUACAAACCCAAUGAAGGCAUUGCUGAAGAUUUCAGAUGUUUAAACCUUAAUAAUCAUUUCAAAAAUCCCUUGCAAGCAGAAUAAUUUUAAUUGGUUUUUUUUCCAAACACAGUUCUGAAUUUUGAGACCUUUGUAAAUAGUAUAUUUUGAAUUGUGUUUCACACACAAGUUAAAGACUCAUUUUCUUUAGCUAUCCCAUCUCACUGAUUGUAAAUACAGACUGUUCAUGCUGCAAGUGCUUAAUAUUAUCUUUGAAAUGGAUUAUGUACAAAUGAGGUGCUUUCAUUGUUCAAUAUUAAAGGAAGUAAAUCUAA